AUGCACGAGCAGAAUGCAGAGUUUUGGCGCAAGGGGCUUGGAAACAGCUGCUUGCAAACGCGGCAGGUGAAUCACUGUCUCGCACUUUCGCAGAGUGCAGGUUUCGAGUGGUUCGUUUACCCACGUGGCAUGGACAAAUUCCUCCAUUCCGACUCUGACCGCUCGCCGGGAAUGCUCGGGCGGUUUCUGGACCGGCUGCCUGAGCAGCUGCCUUCUUUCCAGGUCCUUCGUCGCCAUUGCGGGGCGCGGGAUCCUCAAGCAAUGCGAGGGGCCAUGGCUUUGGCCAGUUCUCUGGGGCUGCCGGCGCCGAUUUUCAGCGAGUUUCAGCUCUGUGAGCCACUGCAGCUCUCGGUUGACGACAAGAAACGCGACGAGAGUUGGGUCCCCGUGAUGAAAACAACAGCUGUGGACUGUGCGAUGACCAACGCACCGCUUGAUUUCAACAUUUCGAGUCUCAGCUCAGUUGCAGUGGCACCUGUGAGUCUCUUACGGGCGCAACACUUCGUUCGGGCUUUCGAAGAGGCCGGAGAAUUUGCUGAGAGGUCCUAUGCUCCGAGCUUGAAGGAUCUAUCGCGGUUCACCGAGUUGGACACAGCGAUGAACUGGGCUGUCCCGGAGCUGCGGAGGUAA